CUCAAUGGGGUUGGGGGGGCUGAGAAGGCGGGGGAGGGGAACCUCUCUGGAGCCUCGCCCAAACGUUCAAAACACUAGGAAAUGUAGCGUUCCGCGCCGCUCCAGGAAGUGACGUUAGUGCUAGACACGCCAACCGGAACUUGCUCCCCGGCUCUGCGUCAACCCCUGCCACAGCGACCCUCUCAGGGGGUGUCGCAAAAUUGUCGCCCAGCCCGAGUCCGCUCGGUUCCUGUCUGGCUUUGGGUCGUCUCCUCUUCUGGGUCGCCAACUGCGGGUGUCAGUCGGCGGCAAAAUGGAGGACGUCGCGAUCUGGGAGGCGGACCAGAAUGGAGACCAGACUGGCGUCCCCAGGAACGGGUCUUCGCCAAGCGCUGAAAAACUUGCCAUGUGGUGGCAUCAGCAAGUUGAUUUUCAUUCUGCCUUCUUAUGCUAUUUGGCACAAACUGUACCAGACAUUUACUUUGAUGAAAUAGACCCAGAAUUGGAAAAACAGGAAGAAGCUGUUCAAAUGAUGAUAUUAACUGCACUGGAAUGGUACUUAUUUAAAGAAGAUCCAGUUAUUUCCUUAGAGAAAUUGAAACAAAGUGGAGCAUUUCAGCUUUGUGGGAAGGUUUUCAAAAGUGGGGAGACAACAUACUCUUGUAGGGACUGUGCAAUUGAUCCAACAUGUGUCCUCUGCAUGAACUGUUUCCAGAGCAGCGUUCACAAAAAUCAUCGUUACAAGAUGCAUACUUCUACUGGAGGAGGAUUUUGUGACUGUGGAGACACAGAAGCAUGGAAAACUGGCCCAUUUUGUAUAAACCAUGAACCUAGAACAGUAAGGUCUAAUGAGAAUCCAGGAUGUGCAUUGAGUGAAGAGAUAAUUGGCCAAGCCAAGAAGAUAUUCCCUUCAGUGAUAAAAUAUAUAGUAGACAUGACUGUUUGGGAAGAGGAAAAAGACCUGCCUACUCAACUCCAGCUUAGGGAGAAAACUGAAAGAUACUAUUGUGUCCUUUUCAAUGAUGAACACCAUUCUUAUGACCAUGUUAUAUAUAGUCUACAGAAAGCCCUUAAAUGUGAACUUACAGAAGCUCAGUUGCAUACCACUGCCAUAGACAAAGAGGGUCGUCGGGCUGUUAAACUAGGAUCUUGUGUGCAUUGUCGAGAAGCAAAGGAAAGUAUCAAGUUUCAUUCAGAAAAUGUUUCUCAGCAUCCACUUCAUGUAGAAGUCCUACAUGCUGAUGUUAUGGCUCAUCAGAAAUUUGCUUUGCGUCUUGGUACCUGGUUGAACAAACUUAUGAGCUAUUCAAGUGAUUUUCGGCAAAUCUUCUGCCAGGCCUGCCUCCAAGAAGAUGUUCCUAAUGAUCCCUGCCACAUAAGCAGGUUAAUGCUUUGGGAUGCAAAGCUUUAUAAAGGUGCACGGAAGGUGCUUCACGAAUUGAUCUUCAGCAGUUUUUUCAUGGAAAUAGAAUAUAAAAAACUCUUUGCCAUGGAAUUUGUGAAGUUUUAUAAACCACUGCAGAAAGACUACAUCAGUGAUGAUCAUGAUAGAAGUCUCUCUGUGACUGCAUUAUCAGUUCAGAUGUUUACUGUUCCUACUCUGGCUCGCCAUCUCAUUGAAGAGCAGAAUGUUAUCUCUGUCAUUACUGAAACACUGCUAGAAGUUUUACCAGAAUACUUGGACAAGAACAACAAAUUCAACUUCCAGGGUUACAGCCAGGACAAAUUGGGAAGGGUAUAUGCAGUUAUAUGUGACCUCAAAUAUGUCCUCAUCAGUAAGCCCCCAAUAUGGUCAGAGAAAUUAAAAAUACAAUUUCUUGAAGGUUUUCGAUCCUUCCUGAAGAUUCUUGCAUGCAUGCAGGGAAUGGAAGAGAUCAAAAGGCAAGUCGGGCAGCACAUUGAAGUGGAGCCAGACUGGGAGGCUGCUAUUGCUAUUCAGAUGCAGUUGAAAAACAUUCUUUUAAUGUUCCAAGAAUGGUGCGCUUCUGAAGAAGAGCUUUUAUUAGUGGCUUAUAAAGACUGUUUUGAAGCUGUGAUGAAAUGUACUUUGAGUAACAUUUCUCAUGAAAAGUCUGUAAUUUAUUUGUAUGGCCACACUUUGGAAUACAGGCCUUACAAGGUGUCUGUAGAUCCUGUCAGCAUACAUUUGCCCCUCUCUAGGACACUUGCUGGUCUUCAUGUUCGUUUAAGUAAGAUCGGAGCCUUUUCAAGACUGCAUGAAUUUGUGCCUUCAGAAGAUUUUCAAGUGGAGCUGCUGAUAGAAUAUCCCUUGCGUUGUCUGGUUUUGGUUGCCCAAGUUGGGGCUGAUAUGUGGCGAAGAAAUGGUCUGUCUUUAAUUAGCCAGGUAUUUUAUUAUCAAGAUGUUAAAUGCAGAGAGGAAAUGUAUGACAAAGAUAUCAUCAUGCUUCAGAUUGGUGCAUCUUUGAUGGAUCCCAACAACUUCUUGUUAUUGUUACUUCAGAGAUAUGAACUGAUUGAUGCAUUUAAGAAGUUUGUCCCUUCCAAGGACCAGGAUGUGGUUAAACAAUAUAAUUCACUAAUAGAAGAAGUGCUUCAGCUCUUCAUCUACAUUGUGGGAGAGCGUUAUGUGCCUGGAGUGGGUAAGGUGAACAAAGAAGAGGUUCUCAUGAGGGAAAUUAUCCAUUUACUUUGCAUUGAGCCCAUGCCUCAUAGUGUCAUUGCCAAAUCCUUACCAGAGAAUGAAAACAAUGAAACUGGCUUAGAGAACGUCAUUAACAAAGUGGCCGUAUUUAAGAAACCUGGUGUAUCAGGUCAUGGAGUUUAUGAACUGAAGGAAGAAUGCAUGAAAGAAUUCAAUAUGUUUUUUUAUCACUACUCCAAAACACAACACAGCAAGGCUGAACAUAUGCAGAAGAAAAGGAAAAAACAAGAAAACAAGGACGAAGCACUACCACCACCACCACCUCCUGAAUUCUACCCUGCUUUCAGCAAGGUGGUUAACAUUCUCAACUGUGAUAUCAUGAUAUACCUUCUUACAACCAUACUGCGUAGAGCAGUGGAAUUGGAUAGUCACUUAUGGACUGAAGCUAUGAUCCAGAUGGCAUUUCAUCUUCUUGCUCUGGGUCUGCUUGAAGAGAAACAACAGCUCGAAAGAGCUCCUGAAGAAGAAGUGACAUUUGACUUUUACUAUAAGGCUUCACGGUUGGCAAGUUCAUCUGGAAAUUUUCAGAAUAUACAAACACUUUUGGAAAAACUGAAAGGAGUUCCCCAGUUGGAAGCUCAAAAGGACAUGAUAAUUUGGAUACUACAGAUGUUUGACACAGUGAAACAAUUGAGGGAAAAAUCUAGUUUAUCGGUAGUAACUGUAUCGGGAUCAGAACAUAUCAAGAGUGAUGAGACUGUGCAGGAUAAAGAAAAGGCAGAACGCAAGAGAAAGGCAGAAGCUGCUAGGCUGCAUCGCCAGAAGAUCAUGGCACAGAUGUCAGCCUUACAGAGGAAUUUCAUUGAAACUCACAAAUUAUUAUAUGAGAAUACCUUAGAGCUACAAGGGAAAGAAAAUUCCAUUGUAGAGGAAGAGAGUGAGCCUAUGGCCAUUGACUACUCUAGAAUUGCAUUGGGACCUAAACGUGGUCCUUCUCUUAGUGAAAAGGAAAUGCUGACCUGUAUUCUAUGUCAAGAGGAGCAAGAAGUAAGAUUAGAAAAUACUGCCAUGGUUUUAUCAGCCUGUGUCCAGAAAUCUAGUGCUUUAACACAGCAGAGGGGAAGGCCUCAGGAACUCUCAGGGGAAACACAAGAUCCACUCUUCAUGGAUCCUAACCUGACAUGUGGAACCCACACUGGCAGCUGUGGCCAUGUCAUGCAUGCAGUCUGCUGGCGGAAAUACUUUGAAGCUAUACAGAUUAAUUCUCGUCAGCGCCUUCAUGUUGAGUUUUUUGACUUGGAGAAUGGAGAAUAUCUUUGUCCUCUUUGCAAAUCUUUGUGCAAUACUGUGAUCCCCAUUGUUCCUUCACAGAUACAAAAUAUAAACAGUGAGAAUGCAGAAGCUGUUGCUCAACUUUUAUCCAUGCCACGGUGGAUAGAAACUGUCAUGGCCCGAAUAUCAGGUUACAGUAUGAAAAAUGCUAAAGGGGAGAAGCCAAAAGUUUCAGUCUUGGUCAGUCAAGGAAUGGGUGAUACUACUUUAGAGUUUCAUUCUAUACUGAAUUUUGGAAUCCAGCCUUCAGUCAAAUUCUCUAGCAGCAUAAAAGAGAUGUUGGUUCUCUUUGCCACAACAAUUUAUAGGGUUGUACUGAAGGUGCCUCCUGAUGAAACUGAUCCUCGGAUUCCUGCAAUGACCUGGGGCACCUGUGCUUUCACCAUCCAGUCUGUUGACAACCUGCUGAAAGAUGAAGGCAAACCUCUGUUUGGAGCCCUUCAGAAUAGACAGCACAAUGGCCUGAAAGCAUUAGUACAGUUUGCUGUGGCACAGAGGAUUACCUUUCCUCAGAGCGUGAUACAGAAGCAUCUAGUCCGUCUCCUAUCAGUUAUUCUUCCUAACCUGAAAUCUGAAGAUACACCAUCCCUUCUUUCUGUAGAUCUGUUUCAUGUAUUGGUGGGUGCCAUUUCAGCUUUCCCAUCUUUGUAUUGGGAUGAUGCUGUUGCCUUGCAGCCUUCAUCACUUAGCUCUUCCUACAACCACCUGUAUCUCUUCCAUUUGAUCACAAUGGCUCAUAUAUUCCAGAUACUUCUCAGCAUAGACACAGAUAACCUGCCUGCCGAGUUACAAGAAGAUAGUGAGGAGGCUCGUUUUGCAUCUUCUCUCUACUCAGAAAUUUCACAGUAUUUUGGUGGAUGCAUCAGCUGUGAUGUUCCUGGUUGGUAUUUAUGGGAUUGUGUGAAGAAAGGCAUUACCUCUUACCUUCGAUGUGCUGCUUUGUUUUUCCAUUAUUUGCUGAAAGUGCCACCACCUGAAGAACUACAGUCAGAUUGUGAGGAAAGUCAGUUCAAUGCACUCUGUAGUUAUUUAUCCUUACCCACCAAUCUGUUCCUGCUUUUCCAGGAAUAUCGGGAUACUAUAAGCCCCUUGCUCCAGAGGUGGUGUUCUGAUCCUGCCUUACACAGCCUUUUGAAAGGAAAAAACACUGUGGUCAGGUAUCCUAGAAAAAGAAAUAAAUUGAUAGAACUUCCAGAAGACUAUAGCUGUCUCCUGAACCAGGCUUCUCAAUUCAGGUGCCCGAGGUCUUCAGAUGAUGAGCGAAAACACCCAGUUCUGUGUCUCUUCUGUGGGACUAUGUUGUGCUCUCAGAAUAUUUGCUGCCAAGAAAUUGUGAAUGGGGAGGAGGUUGGAGCCUGCAUUUUUCAUGCUAUUCACUGUGGAGCUGGAGUCUGCAUGUUUCUAAAGAUCAGGGAGUGCAAAGUGGUCCUGAUUGAAGGGAGAGCCAGAGGCUGCUUGUUUCCAGCCCCCUACCUGGAUGAAUAUGGAGAAACAGACCCUGGGCUAAAGAGGGGCAACCCCCUGCAUUUAUCUCAUGAGCGUUAUCAGAAACUCCAUUUGCUCUGGCAGCAACAUCGCAUCAUAGAAGAAAUUGCAAGGAGUCAAGAAACUAAUCAGAUCUUAUUUGGAUUCAACUGGCAGUUACUUUGAGUCCCAGUUCCACUGAAGAGUCACAGAUGAAGGCAGUAAUGAAGACAGGUCUGGAAUUACGGACACAUUUAGGAGGACUUGGGGGGAGGGUGGGCAAUAGGGUCAUUCCUCAGUUCCUGAUUCAUGUCUUUCAAUAAAGUAUCCCUUAAUGGAUUUUUGCUUUCAGUCAGCAAGCUUGAUGCCUCACGAUAAAGCAUAUAUUGUAAAACACUGAAGAAAAUCCUCCUCUGCCCCCACAGUUGUUUAAGAUUCUGCUAAUAGUUUAAGGAAAUCAUUUUCCUCUUUAGAGGCUUCCCUUCUUCAAUAAUCAUGCCAGAAAUGGGGGGGGGGGGCAGUGUUGCCGGAUUUCAUAGUUCUUACUGACUGGUGGUAUUUUGGGACAAAAACACCAUCCAAGAAGCUAUUCGAUUUUUUUUUAAAGUCUUUGUGACACCAGCCAUCAAACUAGAACUGCUAAUUCUCAUGAUGACUGUUUCUGGUCUUUUGUCCUUGCUUGACUUUAAUUAACUGGACCAAUAUUUGUGUUAAAAUGGCAGAAGAAAAGCAGCAGUGACAGGAUUACAACUGAACAUCAUAACCAUAUAUCCAAUCAGAAAAAGAACAAUAGAGGACAAGAAUUUUAUUAGAACAGAGGAAAAAUUCCAAAGAGUAAAAGCUGUCAUUUCUCUUCUGGGAAAAUGCCCUAGAUAUGCCACUUGCUGCUGCUACCAGAAAUUAAACUGACUCCCUGCUUAGUCAGAGUUGCCUUCUCUAAUGCAGAUUUUUCUUAGAGCUUUUUUUUUCUUGUAGAACCCUGAGGGUUAGAAUUGUGUAGUCACCUUGAUGUUACAGUAAGUCUUGUAAUUGAUAUGAUGGACCCAGUCCUUUUUAAAACUGCACUUUCCAUUUUCCAGGGCCUAGAUUCUAACAAAAGAUCACAUCCUUUGUCCUGGUGCCAUGAUGUAACUGACAGAAAUCUGCUCUGAUCCUGGUGUUAAGUAGCCAUAGGACCAUAAUAAACAAUUCCCCAUUGAGCAUUCUGUAACAGUUUAUGUCUUCCCAGAAGACUUUAAAUCUUCGAUUCAUUAUUAUGUGUGCAGCCUUUCAUGAACUCCAGUUGUGUGACAGAUACAGACGACCAAAAAAAGCCAUGUGAUCGAUGGUCUGUUUCUCUGUCUUACUGUAACAAGCAGUAAUUGAACCUCCUUGCUUUUAAAUAAUAAUGCCCUUCAGAAUCUGCCUGUAGCUUUCUGGGUUCUUAGCCAUAACUUUUGUAUCGAGGGAAUUUGUUAUGUAAAGCUUUAAGAAAAGGAUAAAUGGAAGCCCUAUGUUAGCUUCCAUGUCUCCUAUGCCUUAGGAGUCUGAAAGAUCUAUUCAGAGAAUGUAUUUUGACCUUGAUGAGGACUGUCUUCCAUUUAUGUAUAAUGGUUUCUUACCCUUUUACUUCUUAUAAAAAUAGGGAAGUUAAAAAUACGUAUACCAGGUGUUUGAGGAUACACAUUUGUAUUUGGCUUUGUGUUUUGUUUUUCUUUUGUUGAGGGAAAGGGAAGAAGAACCUGUCAGAGGUAUCCAAAUAAUCAUGACUAUGAUACUUGAAUAAUUCUACAGCUUUGGUUCUAAGCACUCAAAAGAUAUUCAGAAGAUAACUCAGCAGUAGAAAACUUGUCGAAUUAUGGCAAGUUGGAUGAGGUUUGAAAUGUUCAGUGCUCAGUUGCAUAAAUUCACUGAUAUGGUGAAAAGACACAGAUUUCUUCCUCCUUGGUCUCAUUUACAGUUCAGCAGAUUGCACUAAAUAUUUAGCUGGGAGAGCUGACUAGGUGUCAGGCAAGAACAGCCAGCUGUUGACCUCUGCCCUGAUUUAUGCCCUAUAUAAAUAACAUUAUAAAGCAAAAGCAGAUUCCUCAGAAGGAGAAUUUCUUCCUGCUUUAAUAGUCUUUUCCAUUCAGUUCACCAAUCCUGAUGUUAAGCCAUCAGGCUGCCAGAGGAACUUCCUGGCAGUGGCUAGUAAAAUCUUGACUGCCAAAGAAGCCAUCCUAAGAGAUGAGCACAUAGAGGCCUACUCACGACUUAAGUGUUGGCACUUGCGUGCGAGCUCAGUGUUCAGUGUUGCUAUCAAAUGAGAAGUUUUUAUGUAUGUUAGAAAUCUUAUAGCAGUUUGCACUUGAGUAGUGCAAACAUAGAAAUGCUGCAUUCAGAAGUCAUGAACACAUAAAGUCACUUUUUUUCCUAUUGAACCAGGAACCUGUUCAUGAGGAUGCUCCUAAAGCACGUUUUUCUUAUGACUGGGGAAAUAUGGGGCAGGAGGUCUUUGCAGUAGGAAAAACAUGUUUCUGUAUAGUUAAUUUAUUAUUCUAAUAUAUGAGCUACAAGGUCAUCCAUUAAUGGUCAUUUAUCAUUUCAUAACCUACUAUGCAUUUUGGUUCACUGUGAGAAUACUCUAUGGUGAUUGUAACAUGUUCAUGCCACUGAUUCAGAUUCCAUCCAGAUGAACAGAACUUCAGAAGUUAUUCAAAAUGAUGCAUAUAUUGAUAUCUUUUAUUGCAAAAAUGUAAAUUUAAGACUUGUAUAAUGUUCUUGUGCUUUUUGACAUAAAUAUUGUAUGUGUAUAUUUAAAAAGGAAAUAAAAGUGACUUAUACUCUU